AAGAAGAGGAGGAGAAGGAAGAAGGAGAAGACAGAGAAGAGGAAACACCUGUUGCCUUCAGACAAGGUAUUUGCCUUCAGACAAGUUCUACACAGAGCUCUCACGCCCCCACUGGUUGAUUGGUUAGAAUCAACCACCACCAUGUCAACCAUCAACGUCUCCUUAGAUAAUCCGUACGGUCAGGUGAACAUUCCGAGGGCUAAACUCCGCUCCUCCGAUGACCCCUCUAUGGUGAUAACCAAUCCGAUGGCUCUGGACAGUAACGUCGGGAACCCGUACAGCUCGUCGGGUUCUGCGCCGCCACCAUAUAUGGUAAAGGAAGACGGAGGGGAGGAGGACGAGGGCAGGUGCCGCGCCUGCUGCUACCGGUGCAGGCGAAAGAAGUGACGUCACAUCGGCAGGAAGUGACAUCAGAAAACGGGAUGUGAUGUCACAGCACCAGUGGCUUGGAUUAAUUUAUUUUCUGGUCAAUGUUUCUGUCUUUCCCCUGAGGAAUUAUCCAAGGAAGGAAGAAGGAAAGAAAGAGUCAUGAACUUCAGGAAGUUGUGGUCAUUUUUUGACCGUGUUAAAAAACUAUGUGAACUUCCUGUUUGUUCAACAAUAAUUCAGACACAAUCUCGAGGUUCAUUUACUGAAUUAUUCCUGAAGAUUACCAGGCUCCCACCUGCAGGAAGAUCUAUGACACAGCUGAACUGAAGGGACCUCUGCUGCUGCUGCUGCUGCUGCUUCAAAAACCUUUAGCUCAUUUUAAAAUUCAUGUGAAGUGAACAGAUUAUUUAUGUUUGAUGUUUUUUUUAUUAUGUUCAUCAGACGAUCACACACUCACAGUUUUAGAGAAAUCAUGCAAAUCUUAGUUUCAAAGAUUGUUACAAUACAUUUAAAAAUACAAAUACGCAGAAUUUCUUACAUGAGGUCAUCCCAUUUUAAAGUUCCAUAAUACUAAAAUUUAAAUGAAUUAAGUUAUUUAAUCUUAGUUUGAUAUUUGCUAAUCACAGUUUGUAAUGUGUUCAUACCAAUUUUAGAUCUCACUAAUCUCCACCUAAAUUGUGCUAAUCCCAGCCCAGUUCGAGGUUUUGCUAAUCUCAGUUCACUGUCAGACUCUGUUUGACAUGGCUGAUUAUGAAAAUGAUGAAGACAAUUGAAUCUCAUUCAUAUGGUUUGUUAAUGGAUGUUAAUACUGUUUAUUUUAACGACAUGAUUUAUAUACACACAUAUAUAUAUUUGAUAUUUUCUUUAUACAUGAAUUUGCACAAAGUAUUUACAUGUUGUCAUGACGACGACUCAGGAUGAAGGUUGUUGAUUUUUUUGUUGAAAUAAACAGUUUUUCGUAUUAAUAUCAUA